AUGUCUCUUACCGGAUCUCCUCCAUCGAUUGUCGUGGAUGCUAAUGGCGAGACACAAGUCUAUACGCUCACCAACAGUGGCAUGACAGAUCUCGUAUUUAAACUGAAGACUUCCAACAAUACGGACUACCUUUUCAAACCGGUAUUUGCGUUUAUUAAAGCCGGUACUACACAACGAGUCGAGGUGGUCCGUAAGAAGGGAUCACCAAAAACAGACAAAUUCGUCGUUCAGUAUGCAGUAAUGCCUCCAAAUGCUAGAGAUCCUCAAAGCGCUUUUCCUUCAACACAACAGGUUCUUGGACAAAUCACAGUUGGACUGUAUGCUCUUCCUUAA